GAGAAACCAUGGAGCGCAACAAGACGCGUUGGAGAGAGUCACCGAGCGGACGGGAGAAGUGCCAGUUUCUGAUCAGUUUCUAAGUCACUUUCAGCGACAGUGGGCAGAUUUUAGUUCACCAGCAGGUGGAAAUUGAGUUAUUCCAAGCGUGCGUAAAUGGACUGGAGAGGUGUAGAAAAGAAUAUAGUCUUGGAGUGACCAGCAGCGACCAAAGGACGAGAGGAAAGGGUCAUAAAGAGCGUCCGAAGGAGAGACGAGUGCCCGUCGGAUAGAAAUGCUCUCUGUGUUAUUUUUAUUCACACAUUUGAACAUUUCAAGUUGUUUUCUUCACGGGAACGUCGCCGGUGUGCGCUGCGUAAAAACCCCAGACUGCUUUCACGUCUCAUGUCGUUAGAGGGAACAGUUACUUUUCUCCAAGGAAACUGUGAGCGGAGCUGAGAUUUCAUACAGAAGGAGGCACUGGGAUAAAAGCUGAGAACCAGUCACUGAACAGUAACGAACCAUGGUGAAGUUUCAUAACUCGGACCUCUGGAUAGCCUGGAUGGUAAUUUUCUGCAUGGAGGGUUCAAGGUUUGAUCUACACACAGGGAAAGUGUCUGUGCGGGCGCUGGAUGUGACAGUGUCCCAGAGCAGUAUCCAGGUUGCCCGCGGCCAAGCAGCCGUCCUGCCCUGCUCUUUCACCACCAGCGCUGCCCUCAACAACCUCAACAUCAUCUGGAUGGUGAUACCACUGUCCAAUGCUAACCAGCCAGAACAGGUGAUAAUUUACCAGGGCGGCCAGGUGUUCAGCCUCGCCAACCACCUCAAUGGUCGUGUGGGCUUUGUGGCCACCAUGCCAAGUACAAGUGCCUCCAUCUUCAUCAACAACACCCAGCUGUCCGACACUGGGACCUACCAGUGCCUGGUCAACAACUUCCCAGAUAGAGGGGGGCGCAACAUCGGCGUCAUUGGGCUCACCGUGUUGGUGCCCCCCUCGGUGCCAGCAUGUCGAAUCCAGGGCACGCUGGAUGUCGGCAGUGACAUCAUGUUGUUCUGCAGCUCUGAUGAAGGUAUUCCCACGCCGUCCUACUCCUGGGAGAAACUGGACGCGCUGCCCAAGCUGCCGCACAACGCCAUGCAAGACCAGAUGCAGGGCACUGUAACACUGAGAAACAUCAGCACCAGCACCUCAGGACUCUACCAGUGUACCUCCAGCAAUGCAAUUGGCAAGAGCACCUGUCUGCUCAACCUGCAGGUUGUAGCACCCCAGCCUCAGAGUGUGGGUCUGAUAGCAGGGACCAUCGCUACAGGAGUCCUAGCUGUUAUCAUCUGCUCCCUGUUAGUGGUGGUCACACUCUUCUACUGGAAGAACAAGAACAAAUAUGACGAGGAGGAGAUCCCCAAUGAGAUCAGAGAAGAUGAUCUUCCUCCCAAGCGGUCAUCAUCAGUGAAGGCUUUCCAUGCAGACGCCUCAUCCUCAGAGAAUGACACACUGACAUCUACCAACACCUACAACAGCCGCUACUGGCACAACCCCAAACCCAACUAUGACACCAACUCCUAUACACGUUACAAUGGAGACACUCGUCAGACCUUCUCCGCCACCGCUCAUGGUGCACACGGACAGGCCCAGAACGCAGGACAUGGCCACAGUACAGUGGUCACAGCACCAGGCUCAGCCCCACUGUCCCGCCAUGCGCAGGCCACAACAGCAACAACGACAUCGUUUGCCAAUGGCAGCCACACGCUCCCGCCACCCAAGACUCUGGUGGUUACCACAAACUCUGCCCCAUCCCCUCCCACCAUGGUGCGCAGCAACGGCUCUGUGAGCCUCAAACCGGUGGUGACGUCCACGCACGGGCAGCACACGCACUCCUACGCGGUGAGCCAGGCCACACUGGAGAGGAUGGGGGCAGUGCCUGUCAUGGUGCCCGCCCAGAGUAGAGCAGGCUCGCUGGUCUGAGGUCUGAUUUGGUAAACUGUUAGCUUUGAAAACCAGACUAAAUGAGUGUUUGGUUGUGUUUGAAAUCCACUGAUGAAAAACAGAUUGAAUAUGGGCUGAAGCAGCCCGCUGCCCUUUACAACUGUGUCUUUCUGUAUGUCUCAACCUUUUUAUCUGAAAACAAACUGGAAUUUUACAGUGCAGAGUUCGUUUAAUGCCAAUUCUUUGGACAGGACCCUCCAUUUUGUAGACAAGUACUACAUGGAAUUUGAUCAUCCCCUUGUUGGAUGGCUUUUCUUGGCAGGUGUGGUGGGAACUAUUUUUCAACCACUUGGAUGGUUUCACAAAGCUGGAGUGAAAUUUCCUGCAGAACCUGGAUUCCCAGAUCUUUUUUCAGGGCUGGAUUAUUGUGACGAUUGUGUUUUUUUGGACUCAAAGCAACACAAGGCAUCUUCAUCUCAAUGUGUCCAUACUGCAUGGUGAGACAAAGGCAAGCUUGGAUUCCCACAUAAAUGCAUGUGUCCCUUGUUUUAGGAUAACAAAUUAAGUCCAUAUUACUUUGAAUAAUUUCAGUUGUAAUUUUGAUUGACAGUAAUGAUAGUGAUGAUGAGGAUUAUGCAUUGAAAAAGUGAAUGUUUAAAUGUUUGUUGGGAGUAACCUAAAAUAUAAAGUGUAAGAAUGAAAUGGUGUUGGGUGAAAUGGCCUUAGAAGCUCAGAGAGAGGGGUUUUAUUAGGUGCAAUACAUCACAUAAUAUACUUUAAUUCAUUGAAUGCAAACAUUUUAAUUACCUUUUUGCACUUUUCAGAUACAUUUUAUAUCAAAACUGCUGUCUUAUGAACAAUAACUCUUACUAAUGACAUGCUUUGCCCAUACCACAUAAGUCAAAACUUUUCUGCACAUACAAACUACUGCUUAUAUUUGAAGAUAGCACAAGUGCUGGAUUUUCAGAGAAAACCUGCACAACACCUUUUACAACAUAAAGCUACUGUCCCAUAUUUAAACUUGAACCUGCAGAUGGAUAUUGUCGUAGUCUUCUCCGUGUUCAUCCUUGCUGUUGUCCUAAUCUGGUUCAUGUCACAUCAGUGCUGGUUUGAGAAGACAUGGAUAAGAGGAUGUCUUAUUUCAUAAAUGCUUUAUAAAGAGACAAAUAUAUAUUUAAAGGUGAUUUUUUUCCCUUGACAAAGGCUAACACCUACUGUUUUCUACUGUACAUAUUGUAACUACAACAGUAGGCUAGAUUGUGAAUCAAAGAAAAUACAAUACAUGUCUGACUAAAACAGAUUUUACAACUCAUGUGUCUUAAUUUUAAAAUGGUUCUUUUUGUUACAUUAGACAAGCUGGGUUUGGUAGACAGUAUUUUUGCUUUCAAUGAGAGAUUUUUUUUUUUCUAAUGAGUAAUUGCCAUUUCAUCACAAGGUUAAAUACAGUAUGGUUUAACAUUACUAUAAAUAAUAGGCACCAAUGCUGUAUAUGGUAGAAAGUAUCACUGUGUUUCUGACCUGCUGUUUUUAUAUUUUAACCAAAUGUCACCAGUGGAAAAACAUUCUUACAAACAGUGUUCCCAAAUUUACCAACCCUCAUUUUUUAUUGUGCAUUACAUUUAAUGCACAACACUAAUAAUUUCUUGUCGCUGUGAUGCAAUAUUCGAUACAGGAAUUAUUUGUGUGUUACAUGCAGUAUUGGAAAAUGUGUUUUAUUCUUUGAAGCAAUUUAUCUUUGCAUCUGAUUAAUGACUUUUAUUAAAUGUUUUGGCAAUGGAAUUCUUCAAAUGUAUGUGCUAACAUCACAGAAAGUGCUCCAACUUUAACAAAUACAAUAUCAUAACUUAUGGUGGAUUAGUCCAGAUGACUUCACUGACUUUAGAAACACUUUUAAUGUCUAUUAUCGACUAUUAAAUAUACAUGCCGUCCUUGUAGGUGUUAGAUGCACUCAAAUACAGUUAAUUGAAUCAGAAAAUAAAACAUGGGAAGGCUGGCAGCUAGUCUAGAGUGGUAUUAGCUUAUCAUUUCAGACUGGAAAACACUGGUUUUUCACCACAGUUUGUUGUCAGUGAUACAGUUUACACAGACCUGGAUCAGAGAGCAAGCCUGUUUCUCCUUGGUUUUUAUUUUAUUUUUUUUAUUUGCCUGGAAGUCAUGAUGGAAAUGGCUUUUAGUUUUAAUCUGCAUUUUUAAAUGUAUUUACUAUUUUAUCAGUUACAAAAUGUACCAGUGCGGAUCAAUUGCAAAUACUGUAUGUUUGUUCAUCAUCAUAGUAUAUUUGCCCCUAUUACAGACUUUUCUUUCUGUUUUGUCUCAAAGCUGUCUACUGUGUGGCAGUGCUACAGUACUUUGGUUCAGUCCACCUGCAACACACACACAUAUACACACACACAUAUUGAUUUAUAAACACGAUAAGGCUGAAAAAGGUCAACUGAUGAAAGGUCAGUUUUCAGAAUAAAGUCUUCUGUCUGUGUAGAUUUCACUCACCAUCUGUCCCACUGUCCCUGCCCUGAACAUUGGCUGACAACAUUAAAGAAGAACUUUUCUUCUAAGAGCUCUGGCUUUAUUCUUCCCUAGAGAGAAUUUCAGGCCGAAGAAGCUGAACUGAGAUUAUUUUACUCUAACUCUGCCCUCCCUUUGCAGGAACAAUAGAGGAAAGAAAGAGCACAAUCAGUAGAAAACUACUGAAGUUUUAACCCAGAUUAAACAAACUUCUCAUCUUCUACCCCGGCCAUAGGUUGGCAUGUGGUACACAAGGUGGUAUAUGGGUUGUGUAUAUAGAUAAAUACUGACAUGUGAUAUAUUGCCAAUAGUAAAAACCAAUCUGUAAAUAUGUAUAAAAAUACAUCUUGUUCUUACUGUUGGGUUGAAAUCAAAUAGGAAAAAUAACACUGGAAC